CUCUUGCUCAUGGCUACUACUAUAUUUACCGGUCCGAACCUCAACAACAAGCGCAAGGAGGAGCUUGUCACCAUCGCCGUCGCCCUUGGUGUGCCGAACGCCGAGAAGCUGGUCCGGGAUGGCCUCAUCAAAGGAAUUAAGACCUCCCUUGCGGACAAUCGCGACACUUUUUCAAGUGAUCCCCGCUUCUUGGGAUUGUACCCCGCAGGGCGUUCGAGGAGAGCUACUACGAGAUUGACGGUCGAAGGUGAAGAGGAGGAAGAUGAGAGUAGUGAGGUUCCUGCGACUGCCAAUGGAAGCGCUAUAGAGGGACUUGUGGAAGCCGCAAUUGAACGUGCAGAGGCAAAGGAAGCUGCUGAAGUGGUCGCUCAAAGCACCGAAAUAGUAAUUGCUACCAGCCCAAGCUCUGUGGUUCUAGCAAGGCCAGGCACAGCAAGGUCGUUCGACUGGAAGAAGACACCAUUUGAGUGGCUGGAAGCUACUCGGGAGCUCCUAUCUGACCCCGAGCUCAUCGCUGUUGCUACCCUCAUAGCAGACGUGUUAUGGCUUGUCUAUACCAUAUUACCUGUCCGCUAUCAACUUAUCAAGAUCCCUUCGCUUCCUCGGACGGCAGCCCCUCCCGGAACAACGCCCGUUACUGCCCCACGUUUGGCUACGAUUGCCAUCGCUGUUCCUCAAGUCUCACUAGCAACAUUCCAGGCCCUUUUCACUUGGGCUCUCCCUUCGCUCAUCAUCCCGUACAUCUCGGGGUCCCUUAUUUCCCUUGCCCGUCCCCGCAAGCAGCUCGACCCUAUUACCUUUGCCAUUGUCCGCCUCGCAUGCGUCUGGGCGCAGGGAGAUAUCGGCGGAGUACCCUCGAGUGCGCGCAUCGUUGGGGCUCUCGUAAGCCUCCUCUUCGCCUUCGCCAGCGCCAUCUACGAGGCAAGCGAAACAACGACCAACAUUAUUGCUUCCUAA